CACCACACACGACCCCUUUUUACCGACUGUCUCAUUCCACCACACGACAUCACGCGCUUUCGUAUAUAGAGUCGGCGCAAGAACCUAUACGUACCAGGAUUUGGAAAGAAGAUGCCGCCCAUCCCGACGGCGAACCAGCUCCGACGCGCGCCUUCACAGCCUGCGGUCGAUACCGACGAUGCGGACGAUCCGCCUGCGCCGUCAUCGCAGGCGCCGAGUAUACCCGUUCCCGCCGCCCUCGAACCCGACGCGCUCGACCAGCCCUUGCUCCCCGCCGACGGCGACGGGGACGCAGACGCGCCAUCGGCGUCUCCCGCGACCCCGAAGAUGGCGGACGGUCUGCGCCUCACCACGACCGGGCCCGCUUUCUCGCCCCCCGUAUCGCAAAACACGGCCCAGUCGCCUACGUCCAGCAGCAGCCCCAGCGAGAGGUUCGGCCCAAGCGCCCACGGCAGCCGCCUGAAGUUACCCGUGCCGGCACCCUCUCCGGCGGACGGACAUACCUCCCAAGCGUCGUUCGUGCUCCCGGAUGACGACGACGCGGCUAUCGCGUUAGAUGAACUUCCACCAGAGGUCGCAGAAGCCGACAUCUCCAUCGCUUCCGAUGGGAGCUUCGUCGAGACGAGCUCUCCUCUCGCGGCGCGCGAGCUGAAACGGAGAUUCGAUCAGCAUUUCGGCGUCAGCAUGGACCGCCUAUCUCCAUACGCAAUCACCGCGUUCACGAAUCAGCAUGGGCAGCAGAGGUAUCGCGUUGGGGCUCGCACCUUGUCCGCCCCUGCGGCCAACGCGGAACACGCGGAAGAACAGCUUCUAGCGCAACGAACCAAAUCACAGCCCACCCCCGUCCCGCACUCCCUGCGCGACGCGUACAGCUCGAACCACUCGUCCACGCUGCAUCUCCCAUCAACCCCCAUGCACUCCCAAUCAAAGAAGGGCCCGCGGUCGUCACGCCUGAGCGUGCACACCUUCUUCACCGGCUUCAACCGCUCCGGCGCGCACCUCUCGUCCGCCUCCACCUCCGGCGGCGGCGCCUUCACCUCCCGCCCGACCACUAGCAACGGCCUCACCUCGGCCUCGACGCACGCGAGCCCCGCGAAGCCCUUCGCCGCCGACUCCGGCGGCCCGCGCAAGUUGCGCAAGACGCGCUCUAUACCCGAUAUGGCGUCGGCCGGCGUCUCCGCUGGCCCGGAGGAGGCGAGCAGCAGCCGCGUCUACCUCGGCCCCGCCGGAGGGAACGCGACGAGCUCGAACGGAGGCGGCGGCGGCGGCGGCCCCCCGGCGUUCGUCGGCCGCGCGCACUCGCACACCGUUACCGGCGCGGAUUUGUCAGCUCUCCCACGGUUGUCGGCGUCGAGCAUGGAGCGCGGCGGCAACGCGAGCGCGGCGUCGUCGUCCGGCGCGUCGCAGCAGAUCUCGUCGUUGACGAGCUCGUCGUACGCGCUCUCGCACGUCAAAGUGGACGUGUUCGCGGAGGCGAUGGGCUGGGUGCGCGAGGACGGCGCGUCGUCGGCGUCCCAGCUGACGUCGCCCGCGGGGAGCCAGUCGACGAGCUUUUCGUCCUUCUCGGCGGCGUUUGGGGAGCGGGGGUCGGCGGGGUCGUCGUCGUCGGCGAAUGGAAGGAAGGCGAAGAGGAUGACGUAUACGCAUCCGUUCGGACCCGGCGUGACGUUCGAUUCGCCGUCGAGGAAGGACGAGGAGGAUGGGGAAGACGGGAUACGGAACGCGGACGCGGAUGUGAGCGGGCUCCGGCUCGACUUGGACGGCUCGGAAGACGAGCACGAUGAGGGAGAGCGUCGGCAUACGCCGCUGGGUCUGACGCCUCAUCAUGGGCCGGGCUUGAGGCUGAUGCAGAGCUACGAGUCCGGGUUGACCGCGACGCCUGGAGAUGGGCAUACCUCCAAGUUGCGCAUCGCGGCGCUCAGGAAACAUUCGGCGGACGAGACUGUUGCGGAGGCGGAUGGGGAGCCCGUGCCGCCAUCCCCUGUGGCUGAAGAGAUGAUGGCAGAGACGGACUCACCUGGACCCGGUGUGCCUCCUGGGCUAUACGUCGUCUCCGAUGAAGAUGAGGAGCCCUCGCCCGCAGCUUCCAGUCCGAUUCAGGAGCAGGAAUUGGAGCUGGAACUGGAACAGGAGGUGCCUGCGGAUCCCGAGACGCCGGUGCUCUUCGACCCGAUUGGCGAGCCGCAGGAGACAGUCUCACUCAAGACGCGAUCGUACACGUACUACAACACGAAGGUGUUCGAGGUGCUGCAGCGAUACCGCGGGCUGCCGGCUCUGGACAAGCUCGAUGAGCUCGGGACGCAGACGACGGUGAUCAAGAUAUCGCUCGACGCGGACGAUUCGCCGUCGCCGAGGAACGACCCGCGGUUCGUUAUCUGGGGCGAGUUCAGCCCUGCUGGGCGAGCGCAAGAAGAGGACGGCGUGUCUGCAUCGGAUGGCUCGGUGGUGUCGCGACAGCGGAGUUCGAAGCUGAAAGGACAUCGCAUAGGCGCCGGGCGUGCGGCAGGCGUCGCGCCGUUGGUGGCGGUCGAUGCGGCCGAGGAGCCAGCCGAGACGGAGCACAGCACGGUUAUCGUCGCUGCGAGCAUCGAGCGCUGGAUCGCACAGCUCACUAGCGAGCUCAACUAUGACGAGCUGCUCAUCUUCUUCCUCACGUACCGCGCGUACAUCCGCCCGCUCGAGCUCGCGCACCUGUUGAUGUGUAGGUUCCACUGGGCGCUGGAACGGCACGAGGGUACGAGGGACGAGAUGGUGCGCCGCAUCGUGCGGUUGAGGACGUUUGUGGCGAUUAGGUAUUGGGUGUUGACUUUCUUCGACCAUGACUUUGUGCCGAACCGCGAGCUGCGGUUGCUGUUCGCGGAGUGGUUGAACACGUUGCGAAAGGAUCCGAUUGUGCUGAAGAACCAGGAUGCCUUGACUAUCGUGCGGAAGCUCGUGAAGGCGGUGCAGAGCUGCAAGGACGCGCACACGGGAGCCUCUCGUGCCGGCCGGAAGUCGACGACAGAGAAGUCGAGAAAGGUGGACGCCACGGAGCUUGUAGGAGAACUUCAGCAUGGCGGAGAGAUUACGGAAACGCUCGCUUCCCUCGCGAGUCAUAAGCACGUAGAUGACGAAGGGUCAGACGUGGACCUUGACUUCACCCCGGACGAGAACUCGGCCUUUGAAUUUUCGGCGAACGCGGCUGCUCGGGCUACGCCCGGUUCCCCUCCUUUGGGCGCAAUAUCCGCGGCGUCGUCACAUCGGGUAUCUACCAUGACGACUUCGGUGCUGCACCAACCGAUCCAGAUGGCCAUUCUCCAACAUAAUCUGAAGACCAGCAGCGCAUCGGAGUCUACUCCUUUCGUUCAGACGCCCGCAACUCUGCCCAUCCACAACAAUCCUAUACAGCGAGCGUUUGUGAACACGAUCGGGCGGCUCGGGCAGUGGAAGCGGGUGCUGCACUCCAGAUCGACGAUCCAAGCGCCCAUCGGGAUCUGCGCCGACGUCUCAGCCUUCGAUCUCGAGGUGAACGAGACAGGCGAGUUGCUACAUAUGCGAGGCGGACUGGAGAGUUACCUCAAGAUGAUCGAGCAACAGUCGCCGGUCCCCCCGGCGCCGAAGCCGGUACCUCCUCCACCUCCUCCCGCUGCGGCGAUACCAACGGAUGACGAAUCAACGUUGUUCGAUGGCGCGCAAUCUGCUCCUCGCGCGUCCAUGGCCACCGAAGCAUCGGUUCCUCCUCCGGAUUCUUUGGGAAAGAUUUCAGAAGAAGCGCAAAGCAACGCUCAUGAGUCUCUCGACGCCGCGAGUCUGGAAAUUCACCGCAACAGCAUGGCUCCUAGCGUAGCGGAGACGAUGUCAUCCUUGGGUGAACCGAUCCCGCCGUCGUUCGCGCCCUCGUCCUCCCGCCCUACAUACCCGCAGCCGCCUGCGUCGUGGGGCCUGGACGUAGUGUCCAUCGACGAUCUGGAACUAUCUGACUUAUCCGAUACAAGCGACGACGAGCAAGAAUCGGACUCUGCGCCUGCCCCUCAGCAGACCUUGCGCCGAGCUGCCCGCAAGCUACCUCUCCGCCGCGACUUCGAGUUUGUCCGCCCCGAAAGCGUAUCUUCUUUGGGGAUCCGCUCCCAUAGCUCCAUGCGCAGUUCGAUUGCCUCCUCGAUUGCUUCGGAGACCGAAGAACCCGUUAAACCUGUCGCGCAACCGAGGCUGACCGUGGCCGGACUGCAGCAGUGGCAAGUGAAUGCGAUUGUGGACGCCUUGAGCGACGACGAAGAAGGCGACAUAGAAGACGCGCUGCGAAAUUUAGAGGGCCAGAUCAGUCGGGAGGUCCGGGAAGCAAAGGCGUCCAAGGUGGACGGAUGGGUCCGCCAGAUCCAGGAACGGCUUGCCAACGGGGAUUACAGGCCUGACUCGCCCCCGCGCUUCCCCACGUCCGACGGAGAGUCCGAUGACGAGUACGGCGAGGAGCAGCCGAGGGCCGACGCAUCGGUGUCUCAGAACGGUUCUCCCGUGGACGAUAGACGCAGUACUCGCUCCUCGGCUUCUCGUCGUUCGUCCACCCAGUUGUCGGCGGGUGCAGAACUGGCAGCGGACGCCGCGACGCCUAUGGCUGACCAGACGACGCACAACAUCUCCGUUACGUCCUCCCCUCUAUCAUCCGAUAAGGCCAGACCCGCCAUUGAAGACGUCGUUCCCCUGGAGAUCCUCGAGAGUCGCAUCCCUGCGUCUCAAACCGUGAUCCAUAGUAGCAUACCGUCGUCGCCUCCGCAGAUCCCUCCUCCACAGCUUUCCAAAUUCACGGCGGGGGCGCCUAUACCCAAUUUUUAUCGCUCGUGGGUAUUGGGAUACAAGGCUGCAGUUCUCGUUCAGCAUCUCGCCAUGAUCGACCGGGAACUGUUCCUUGCCGUCAAGAUCGAGGAACUCAUAUCGGCUACCGCGGCAACGACUGAAGCGCCUGAGGAAGUCGAUAUCCUCGACUGGGGGCAAUUCCUCAAGGAACGGACGAGGGCCAAAUAUGAGGGCAGAAAGGGACCGAAGACGAGCGCCCUGGUCGCCGUGCGGGCCCGGUUCGACCUGAUGGCGAAGUUCGUCACGUCCGAGAUCGUGUUGACACAUCCCCAUGAACGGUUGCACAUAUAUCGCAAGUUCCUCAGGGUUGCUUGGAAAUGCUACGAGCUCAAUAUCCAUAGCGCGCUCGUCGCGAUCAUCGCGGGGCUGCAGAGUGCUCCCGUGCAACGGGCUAUGAAGCGCCAUCGGAGCCGACUCAACAUGGAAGGACGAAUGCUGCAUGUCCUCGUAGAGCUCACCGAUGCCUCGGGUGAUUUCGCGCUCCUUAGGAAGAGGAUCGAACACCUCAUCGACGUCAAGGCUCUGGCGAGUGAAUCACAGGAGAGGGGCAGCACGGGAGGCGCCGGAGGAAACGGGAACGCACAAACCACAUCUUCUGGUAAAGCUUUGCCCUCCGACGGUAUUCCCUUCAUAGGCAUAUACUUGUCGAAGCUCCAUAGGUACAGGAAACUGCCGGACCACAUAGACCCUACGGCGCCUCGCGAACAGGUCCGGAUUGACCCUGCGACUGGGGGCUUCGAACCCCUCGCCCAUCCUGAGGUCUUCUCGGCGCUGGACCCGCUUCCGCCAUACAUGCAGCUGGAGCCUCUCGUCAAUGUACACAAACAAAGGCUCAUCGCAGGGGUCAUCAAGGCAUCGGUGUCCGGGCAGCACCUCGCCAGUCGGGUGCAGUACCCCAUUGACCGGAAGAUAUAUCGCGAGUGCUUGAAGAUACGUGGCUUCGACGGGGACACGCUGCAACGGGCUUUCGCCAUGUACUCUGAGUGAUCGUUGAAAUGUGAGGUGUUCUGAGCGGAUUGUUCUUUGGACCUGCUAUCAGUAUAAUGAUUUCAU